AGGAAGCUCGGCGGCCGUGGCCGCUGUAAGCAGGUCGGACGUCUGCUGGCUGACGGGCUUUCCCUUAAAGCUGGCGAAGGCGGGGCCGCAGUCCGAGCUGCCGCAGUAUCUGGACCCACGGCGGGGCAGGUGCCGGCAGCGAGGGACGUAGGUGCAUUCAGAUCUCAUUAUGCAUCAGAAAAAUGAAAAAACAGAGGAAAAUUCUAUGGAGGAAAGGAAUCCACUUAGCCUUUUCUGAGAAAUGGAAUACUGGGUUUGGAGGCUUUAAGAAGUUCUACUUUCACCAACAGUUGUGCAUUCUGAAAGCCAAGUUGGGAAGGCCAGUUACUUGGAGCAGGCAUUUAAGGCAUUUCCAGUGCAGAAAGAAGGCCCUUCAAAUCCAGAAAACGUGGAUCCAGGAUGAACCCCUUUUUGCUAAGACAAAGUCGAAUGUGGCUGUUCAGAAUCUUAGUACUUUGUCCUCUAAAGUGAAAGGAAAGGACACUAAACACUUCGUUUCCUCCUCAAGGACCUUCCUGAAACUCCAAGCAGAGAAGUUGCUAUCAUCAGCAAAGAACUCUGAUCAUGAAUACUCUGGAGAGAAAAGUCUCUUGAAGGCAGCCACUGACAUACCAGCAAAUAGUGUUUUAAGUCAGGCCAGUGGUCACAGACCUAGGACGGAGCCACAAGCUUCUGAUCCUCCUAUGAAGUUCAAUGGGGAGAGCCAGAGUCCAGGUGAGAGUGGCACAAUUGUGGUCACCUUGAGCAACCAUAAGAGAAAGCGCUUUUGUUAUGGCUGCUACCGAGGGCUGGAGCACCACAGGAAUGGGGGACCCCUGAUUCCAAGAAAGUUCCAACUUAAUCAACAUAGAAGAAUAAAAGUAUCUCCUCAUAUGAUGUAUGAAAAAUUAUCCAUGAUUAGAUUUCGGUACAGGAUUCUCAGAUCCCAGCACUUCAGAACAAAAAGCAAAGUUUGCAAGCUAAAAAAAGCCCAGCGAAGCUGGGUGCAGGUCACUGGGGACCAUCAAGAGACCCUUAGAGAGAACAGUGAGGGUGGCAGUUGCAGCUCAUUCCCUUCCCCAGAACCUAAAGACCCUUCUUGUCGGCAUCAACCAUACCUUCCAGAUAUGGACAGCAGUGCUGUGGUGAAGGGAAAGAACUCUCAUGUGCCUGAUGGCCACACUAAAGGAAGCCCUCUCUUGGGCAAGGAGCUUAGUUUAGAUGAAGCAUUCCCUGACCAACAGAAUGGCAGUGCCACAUACAUCUGGGACCAGUCACCCUGUUCCUCUCCUAAGUGGGAGUGUACAGAGCUGAUUCAUGACAUCCCCUUACCAGAACAUCAUUCUAAUAACAUGUUUAUCUCGGAAACCGAGAGAGAAGUUAUGGCUCUGGGUCAGGAAAAUCGGACAAGUACUGUCAAUGAUGACAGAGUAAAACUGUCAGUGUCUGGGGCAGAUCAAUCUGUGAGUAGUGUAGAUGGGCCUGUGUCUGAAGAGACUGUUCAGAAUGAGAGCUCAUGCCAGAUGGAUGAGGAUGGAUCUUUCAAGCAGAACAUUCUUAGUUCUAAGUUGCUGGACCACCCUUACUGUAAAAGUCCACUGGAGGCUCCUCUGACGUGCAGUGGACUCAAACUAGAAAAUCAAGUGGGAGGUGGGAAGAACGGUCAAAAAGCCUCUCCAGUGGAUGAUGAACAGCUGUCAAUCUGCCUUUCUGGAUUCCUAGAUGAGGUUAUGAAGAAGUAUGGCAGUUUGGUCCCACUCAGUGAAAAAGAUGUCCUUGGAAGAUUAAAAGAUGUCUUUAACGAAGACUUUUCUAAUAGAAAACCUUUUAUCAAUAGGGAGAUAACAAACUAUCGGGCCAGACAUCAAAAAUGCAACUUCCGCAUCUUCUACAAUAAGCACAUGCUGGAUAUGGAUGAUCUGGCAACCCUGGAUGGUCAGAAUUGGCUGAAUGACCAGGUCAUUAAUAUGUACGGUGAGCUGAUAAUGGAUGCAGUCCCAGACAAAGUUCACUUCUUCAACAGCUUUUUUCAUAGACAGCUGGUAACCAAAGGAUAUAAUGGAGUAAAAAGAUGGACUAAAAAGGUGGAUUUGUUUAAAAAGAGUCUUCUGUUGAUUCCUAUUCACCUGGAAGUCCACUGGUCUCUCAUUACUGUGACACUCUCUAAUCGAAUUAUUUCAUUUUAUGAUUCCCAAGGCAUUCAUUUUAAGUUUUGUGUAGAGAAUAUAAGAAAGUAUUUGCUGACUGAAGCCAGAGAAAAAAAUAGACCUGAAUUUCUUCAGGGUUGGCAGACUGCUGUUACCAAGUGUAUUCCACAACAGAAAAAUGACAGUGACUGUGGAGUAUUUGUGCUCCAGUACUGCAAGUGCCUCGCCUUAGAGCAGCCUUUCCAGUUUUCCCAAGAAGACAUGCCCCGAGUGCGGAAGAGGAUUUACAAGGAGCUGUGUGAGUGCCGGCUCAUGGACUGAAACUCAGCAGGGACUCUGGGAAGUCUGACCAAGUUGGAGCAGAUGGUUUGUUACUUGAAUCUCCAAACACUUAUUUGAAUUUUUACAGAUAUUUCAGAUCAGUGGUGUUGGGCCACUGUUGUUACCUCAAAUUUAUUUUCUGCCCUUACUCAAUUCCCUAGUUACCAUGUACUAUUUUUUAAUGUUCAGUUUGGUUUCAUUUUUAAUUUUAUGGGUUCUGUGUGUGUG